AUGGCUUUCCAGCCCACUCCGGUGGAUAUCUCCGUCAUCAUCACCAGUCCAGCUGCGGCCAAGUCUCCAAAUGGAGAACCUACGUUUCUGACUGAACGCCGCGUGACUCCCUCGUGGACCGUGAUGCAGCUCAAGGGGAAGCUCGAGACCAUGACAGGUGUGCCCCCGAGCAGCCAACGUCUUCGCGUCAAGGUACCCGGUCAACAAGCCCAGUGGGCCGACAAUGAUGACCAACUUAUUGGAAAUUACGGCCUGGCCAAGGGCUCUGAGAUUGAGGUCCACGACUCUCGUCCGCAGGCUAUGCGGCCCAACUUUAACGACUUGUCAUCAGUUGAGAAGUACGAACUGCCCACAGAGACGUACGAGUCUCUCUCAAACUCUGUCCUGGCGUGGAAGAAAAAUCAGAAGCUGGGUCGAUUCGACCCCAGCGCUCUCUCACCUGAAGAAGCCCUACAGAAGCAGGUUGAGAAAGACCGCGCAGAGAUUACCUCCAAAGGUAUAGCUGUGUCCAAGCGGGCUAUCAUUCUGCCCUCGUCUCCGCCGCAUAUCCGACGCGGCACAAUUCGGUUUGUAGGCCCCGUUCCGACGAUCCCUGCCCCGGGUGCGAGUCGUGACUCGGAAAAGAAUGGACAGCCGCCCCAGGAGCUGCAACCUCUCUGGGUCGGUAUCGAGCUGGAUGAACCUACGGGGAAGAAUGACGGUAGCGUGGGCGGCCGACGCUACUUUGAGUGCCUCGAGAAGCGAGGAGCAUUUGUCAAGCCGGAGAAAGUGGAAGUUGGCGACUUCCCGCCACUGGAUGACGACCUGGAUGAGCUAAUGGAGGAGAUUUGA